UCCGAGCAGAAAGCAAGAUGGCAGCCUCUGUCAGACAAGACCUUACACAACUGAUGAAUUCUAGCGGAUCGCAUAAGGAUCUCGCCGGAAAGUACCGACAAAUAUUAGAUAAAGCACUCCAACUUCCUGGCCCAGAACAACUUGAAGCCUUGAAAGCUUUUGUUGAAGCAAUGGUAAAUGAAAAUGUCAGUUUGGUGAUUUCACGUCAGCUGCUCACUGAUUUCUGUACCCACCUCCCCAGCCUGCCUGAUGGCAUAGCUAAGGAAAUCUACCACUUCACCUUGGAGAAGAUACAACCGAGAGUAAUUUCAUUUGAAGAACAGGUUGCAUCAGUCAGACAGCAUUUGGCAUCCAUUUAUGAGAAAGAAGAGGACUGGAGAAAUGCUGCUCAGGUGCUAGUGGGGAUACCUCUAGAAACAGGUCAAAAACAAUACAAUGUAGACUAUAAAUUAGAGACCUACUUGAAAAUUGCCCGUCUGUACUUGGAAGAUGACGAUCCUGUACAGGCAGAAGCCUAUAUUAACAGGGCAUCUCUUUUGCAGAAUGAGUCAACCAAUGAACAGCUUCAGAUCCAUUAUAAGGUGUGCUAUGCCCGUGUGCUUGACUACAGGAGAAAAUUCAUAGAAGCUGCUCAGCGAUACAAUGAGCUGUCGUACAAAACCAUAGUGCAUGAAAGUGAGAGGAUGGAGGCAUUAAAGCAUGCACUACACUGCACUAUACUAGCUUCUGCAGGUCAACAGCGCUCUCGAAUGCUGGCUACUUUGUUUAAGGAUGAGCGAUGCCAGCAGCUGUCGGCCUAUGGAAUCCUGGAAAAGAUGUACCUAGACAGGAUCAUAAGGGGAAAUCAGCUUCAGGAGUUUGCUGCUAUGCUCAUGCCACAUCAGAAAGCUACAACUGGAGAUGGUUCUAGUAUUUUGGACAGAGCUGUGAUUGAACACAACUUGUUAUCAGCAAGCAAGCUUUACAAUAAUAUUACAUUUGAGGAACUUGGAGCUUUGUUAGAAAUCCCAGCUGCUAAGGCAGAAAAAAUAGCUUCUCAGAUGAUUACAGAAGGACGAAUGAAUGGAUUCAUUGACCAGAUUGAUGGGAUCGUUCAUUUUGAAACACGAGAAGCAUUACCAACAUGGGAUAAGCAGAUACAGUCCUUAUGCUUUCAAGUUAAUAACCUGUUGGAAAAGAUCAGCCAGACAGCCCCAGACUGGACAGCCCAAGCAAUGGAAGCUCAAAUGGCGCAAUAAUCUUUUUUUUUUUUUUUUUUUUUUUUUUAAUUUGGAAUUUGAGAACAAACCCAUCUCUGCCCAAGCAGUAUCACCAGAUGACCGUUUUUGCAGCUUGGAUAUGCCUGGUUGCUGUUGUGAAGCCUGGAGUAAAAUAUCUCUACCUUACCCACUCUGUCUGACCAGUCCAUUUAGCUUACAGAUUUCAAAGGACAAUAUCUGCUUUUCAAGAUCCAUAGUGCAUGAAUGUCACUUUAUCAGCAUCUAACAUUUAAAUAGUAACUGUGUGGAAAAAAACUGCAAUUAAAACCAGAGUUACAUGUG